UUUGAAGGCGCGGGCCCUGGAUGGGUCACAGAGUGGAGAAGAAUCCAGGGCUCUUGGGAGGGCGGGGUUAUAUCUGGAUACCCCUUCCGGGCGUGGGGUGAGCUUGGGAGGUUCAGCUACUGGUCCACUAGGGAGGAAGGAGUUAAGUGGUGCUGCUGUCACCUGAGCUGGGCAUCAAAUUACCUGGGUCCAGUGUUCCACCUGGAAGGAGGUGGCGCUGAGCCUGCUGCCCCUGGGCUUCUGGCUGCCUCUGCCUGGCUGAGUCCUGCUGAGGAGGUCUAAGCGGAUACCCCCCCCCCCCGCUAGAAAAAGGGCUCCUACUGGGGAUCCUGACUCUCUGUCCCUAGCCUCCCAAAUAUGGCCUUGCCCCCACCCCUGGACCCUAGACCCACCUCAGAGCCCUUCAGCCACGCCCCUGGAGCCCCUAGGGAACUGGAUGCUGCUGGAUACGCCAUCUGCCCGGCGUCUGGAAAGGAGAGAAUAAGGUUGGAACAGGCCCAGAAGCUGGGGCAGGACCCCUUGGACCCUCCCGAGCCCUUCCAGGGUGGCCUGAGGGGCACUGAGCCAACGCCCGCUUCUCAUGAGGACUCAGCUGGGGCCAAAUGCCGUGAGCGCCCCAUCUCUGGCUGGGAGGUGUUGGAGGCUGAGCAGGACAGCCUGCAUCUUUGCCUUCUGGGGCUGGGCCUCCUGCUGCAGGACCUGGAGCGAGGCCUGGCACCCUGGGCAUCAACCCGGAGAGGGAUGGUCCAGCUGCAGACCCUCCAGGCAGACCUACGUGGGACAGCUGAGCAUCUGGAUGCACUGCUGGUGUUCGGUGAGAGGCUGGUGCAGCGGAGUGAGCCUCAGGCCCAGGCCUCCCUGGAGCAGGUCCUGAGGGCCUUCAGAGCCCACCGAGACAGCAUCUUCCGGCAGCUGUGGCGGCUGCAAGCCCAGCUGGUCAGCUACAGCCUGGUAUAUGAGGAGGCCAGCACAAUGGAGCAGGACUUGGAGGUCGAGGGGGACUCAGACGGGCCAGGACCUGGUGGGGUCUGGGGGCCCUGGGCACCCAGUAGCCUCCCCACUCCCGCAGAGUUGGAGUGGGACCCAGCGGGGGACGUUGGGGGCCUCGGGCCUUUGGGACGAAGGACGGCCUGGACACCAGGGGCUCCCUGUGAGCUGUGUGGCCACAGGGGCCCCCAGGGCAGGGGACAGUGGCUUGAGGUGAGAGCAGGACCACACCCCUCUCUCCCCCGACAGGACAUGCUCAGGUCAGGCCUCAGCCACCGGAAACACUUUGCAGGUCACCGAAGACGCUCCUUGCUCCAGAAGUCUCGGGACAAGAUGAGACAAGCAUCUCCCGAUCUUCAGGAUGUGCUAUUGGAAGUAGACCCUGGAGCCUCUGCUCCUACCUCCAGGCGGCCCCUGACCUUCCUCCUUCUCCUCCUCCUCCUUCUCCUGGUGGGUGCCACCUUGCUUCUGCCCACAUCAGAGGGCUCCUGCUGCUCUCCUGCACGACUGGCCAGGACACCUUACUUGGUGCUCAGCUAUGUCAAUGGGCCUCCCCCAAUCUGAGUAUACGCCCUAGACAUGCAAUAAAUGGUCACUGCCGAA